UCCAUCUGCUCAUGUCCUUGUGUCCGUCCUCCUUUUGCGAAGCGCGUCGACUGGGUUCGUCUGAUUUUACUCUGACCAACCGGUUCCAAUCAAGGGCUGGUCUCUAAUCAGCUGCGGGGCGGCCCUCGUGGCCGCGAUGCCACUGUGUGCCCUGUCAGUCUACGGUGGACGCUGAGGGGCAGGAGGACUCCACAGAGUGUGUGAGACUUCGAGGAGACAUCCUUCAGCAGACAGGAGACAUGAAUCUGUGCUGGAGUGAGAUCAAACGCAAAUCCCACAACAUCCGGGCGCGUCUGGAGGCCUUCUCUGACAACAGUGGGAAGCUGCAGCUGUCGCUUCAGGAGAUCAUUGAAUGGCUGACGGCCAAAGACGAGGAGCUGUCAGAGCAGCUGCCCAUAGGGGGCGAUGUGGAGGCUGUGCAGCAGCAGAGGGAGUUCCACCAGACCUUCAUGGAGGACAUAAAAUCCAGAGGACCCUUCAUCUACUCUGUCCUAGAUUCAGCCCAGGCCUUUUUGGCUCAGCAUCCGUUCCAGGAACCAGAGGAAACUCUGACGGACGGAAAAGAAGUGUCUCCACGCAGGAGAAUCCUGAACGUGAGUCGCACAGUGUGGAAACAGGCCAACGUGGCAAGUGACCUGUGGGAAAAACUGACGGCAAGAUGCGUGGACCGACACAGACACAUGGAGAGGACACUGGAGCGUCUGCUGCAGAUCCAGGCGGCGAUGGAGGAGCUGGCUGUUGCUUUAGAUCAGGCCGAAGGCGUCAGAGAUGCCUGGGAACCCGUGGGAGAUCUUUUCAUCGAUGCCUUGCAGGACCACAUCGACGCCACCAAGUUGUUUAAGGAGGAGCUGGGUCAGGUGAAGGAAGGCAUGAAGCAAGUCAAUGAUCUCGCCCAUCAGCUGGCCAUCUCUGAUGUCCAUCUGUCCAUGGAGAACGCACGUGCUCUGGAACAUCUCAACAGCAGAUGGAAGGUGCUGCAGGGUUCUAUUGAAGAGAGGUUAAAACAGCUUCAGGACGCUCAUCGAGACUUUGGACCUGGAUCACAGCACUUCCUCUCAAGUUCUGUGCAGAUCCCAUGGGAACGAGCCAUCUCACCAAACAAAGUGCCCUAUUACAUCAACCACCAGGCCCAGACCACCUGCUGGGACCAUCCAAAGAUGACAGAACUGUACCAGGCUCUGGCCGAUCUGAACAACAUCAAGUUCUCAGCAUACAGAACAGCCAUGAAACUACGGCGAGUCCAGAAGGCUCUGAGACUGGACCUGGUGACGCUCACUGGUUUGGUGGACAUCUUUCGAGAGCAGGAUUUACAGGAGGCGGAACGUGUCAUGGAUGUGGUGGAAAUGAUCCACAGUCUGACCACUCUGUACGAGAAGCUGGAGGAGGACCGUUCCAUCCUGGUCAACAUUCCGCUCUGCAUUGACAUGUGCCUCAACUGGCUGCUAAACGUCUACGAUAGUGCUCGUAAUGGAAAAAUGCGAGUCCUAAGCUUUAAGAUGGGUCUGGUGAGUCUGUGCAACGCCGACGUUCAAGACAAAUACAAAUACCUUUUCCGUCAGGUUUCUGGACCUGGCGGUCUGACAGACCAGCGUCACCUCAGUUUGCUGCUACAUGAAGCCAUUCAGAUCCCCCGACAGCUCGGAGAAGUGGCCGCUUUUGGAGGCAGCAACGUCGACCCCAGUGUCAGGAGCUGCUUUCGUAUGGCUCCAGGGAAACCUGCCAUCGAAGUGUCACAUUUUCUAGAGUGGACGAGUUUGGAACCUCAGUCCAUGGUUUGGCUUCCUGUCCUCCACCGCGUGACUGCCGCAGAGUCGACCAAACAUCAGGCAAAAUGUUACGUCUGCAAACAGUUUCCCAUCAAAGGCUUCAGGUACCGUAGUCUGAAACAGUUCAACGUGGACAUCUGCCAGACGUGUUUUCUAACUGGCCGCACCUCCAAAGGAAAGAAGUUGCACUAUCCCAUUAUGGAGUACUACACACCAAGCACUUCAGGGGAGAAAAUGAGGGAUUUUGCCAAAACUUUGAAAAACAAGUUCAGGUCAAAACAGUACUUUAGCAAACACCCCCAGAGAGGUUACCUCCCAGUGCAGUCUGUGCUGGAGUCGGAGACCUCGGAGACGCCAUGUUCUUCACCAAGGCUCCCUCAUGCUGACACUCACAGCAGAAUCGAACACUACGCCAGCAGACUUGCAGAAAUGGAGAGCCAGAAUUGUUCAUUUUUUACCGACAGCCUCUCUCCUGAUGAAAGUCUGUGAGUAUGCUAUCACCCUCUGACGUUACGGCCAAAAGCUUUCA